GGUCAGUGGGAAACGCCGGCCCCAGUUCAGUGCUCCCUCUGCUGCUCGCUGACCCUGAAGGACGUGGUCUCCGCUGUGUGCGCCUCGGCCUCGGACGGAAACCAGAGGCAGCCACCAUGCAGCUGUGCCUGCUCCUGUGCCUGGCGCUCCUCAGCCCUCAGGUGGCUGCCCUGCGCCGCCACCACUCCGGGGCCAUGAAGAAGAGGUCUAAGGAGGUGCUGCCAGCGACCACGGAGGCCCCCAGGGAAAAGGACUUUGUCUUCGACCUCUACAGGGCCUUGGCUGCCUCUCAACCUGACCAGAACGUCUUCUUCUCCCCUCUGAGUAUCUCCACGACCCUGGCCAUGUUGUCCUUGGGGACGGGGUCCAACACGAGGGUGCAGGUCCUGGAGGCCCUGGGUCUCUCCCUGCAGGAGAGCUGGGAUGAGGAGCAGCUCCACACCGCCUACCAGAAGCGGCUGCAGGAGAUCAACCAGCCCAGGGACAGCCUGCAGCUGAGCCUGGGCAACGUCCUGUUCAUCCGCCCCGCGGUGCAUCUCCACGAGACCUUCCUGAACGCCGUGAAAACACUGUACCUGGCAGACACUUUCCCUACGGACUUUGGGGACCCCGUGGGGGCCCAGAAGCAGAUCAACGACUUCGUGGCAAAGGAAACUAAAGACAAGAUCAUGGACUUGAUUUCAGGCCUGGACGGCACGGAGAUUAUGGUGAUGGUGAAUUACAUUUACUUUAAAGCUAAGUGGGAGUCCGCCUUCAACCCCAAGAGCACCGUAAAGCAGGAUUUCCACGUGACCCCGGACGUGACGGUGCAGGUGCCCAUGAUGAAGGGCGAGGACAGCUACUACUACCUUGCGGACAGCCACCUCUCCUGCCGGGUGGUGGGCGUGCCCUACCGGGGGAACGCCACCGCCCUCUUCAUCCUGCCCGUGGAGGGCAAGAUGGAGCAGGUGGAGAAUGGGCUGAGCGAGAAAACAGUCAAGAAGUGGCUCAGGAUUUUCAAAAAGAGGCACCUCAUUCUUCAACUUCCCAAGUUCUCCAUCGAGAGCUCCUAUCAUCUGCAGGACAUCCUCCCCAAGCUGGGCAUCAGAGACAUCUUCAGCUCCCAGGCUGACCUGUCCCGCCUCUCCAGCCACUCCAACAUCCAGCUGUCCGGGAUGGUGCACAAAGCCGUGGUGGAAGUGGACGAGUCAGGAACCGAGGCAGCUGCGGCCACAGCGGCCAUCGUCGGCUUCCGCUCAGCCCAAAUGGCCCCCCUCAGAGUAGUGUACAACAGGCCCUUCUUGAUGGCCAUCGUGGAUAACUCCACCAACAUCCUCUUUGUUGGCAAAGUGAACCACCCCUGAGGGGGCUGGGUUUAUCCUAAAAGGCCCCAGGCCUCCAUCAUUGAAGCCCAGGGUACAUUCUGGCCCCCUGUGCCGGGUGGUUCAUGAUUCACACAGGUUUAGUUGACUAAUGAGGCUUUCACUAAUAAUAAUGAUCAUGAUGAUAAUAAUAACAAUAAUAAUAAUGUAGAUGUAGUGAUGAUUGCUCCUUGUCACACAAUUGAAAGACACAGAGCCCUUGAAGAACCAAGGAGAACAUUUGAUGUCCUUGGAGAACCCUCUAGAAUAUGUCAUCCUUGGAGGUUAGCACUGGGGCCCAGAGAGGUUGGUCAACUUGCCUGAGGUCACACAGCACAUCAGUGGGAAGUCCAGCAUCUAGGGCCCUGAUACCCAGCCCAGUGCCACAAAAUGGUAGGAGAGACGCUACUGUAAAAGGCUGGGGUGUUGUUACAGGUCACACUUGACUUCAAUACACUCAAGUGCCACCUGUCCUUUAAGAAAAGCAAGUGGAUAGCAGAGUGGGAAAGAACCAGGACAGGGUUAAUCAUGGCAGGACACCCCCCUUGGGAUUCCUGACUCCUCAGGACUUGGCUGUUAGGGAGAGGACGGAGGCCUGCUGCGAAUAGUAAAGUAUCAUUUAAAGACACCAACAACUCACUCUGGAUUUUAGUGUUAGCUAUAACAUUAAAGCAUUUUGCAGUCACUGGUUCCUGGUCCUUCUAGAAGUAGCUCUGGGGUGAAUAUAGCUGAGCCUGUUCUAGGCUUGGUGCUGGAUCUGGCAUCUGGAGGGUUGCAUUUACCUGUCACCGUAUCCCCAGGAGGCAGAAGGGGAAGGUGAGGCUUGCAGAGAGCAGGGGUUACAUUGCUCACAGAGCUCACAGGGGGUGGAGGCAGGACUGGACCUUGGGAGUGUGACCCCGGAGACCAGCCCCUCCCCAGCCCUGUGCUCUACUGUGGACGAGGUAUGGCCAGGAAACCGAGCUCAGGUCAGGGACAUCUCAGCCACUAGCUCCCGUGGGAUCCAGCUCAGCUCACUCUCCUCCCUCUCUAAGGCUACCACACUUCCUCUUCUCUCAAAUGAAGGAAUGAAUUAAUGAGUGAGUGAAUUAAUGAGUGAAUGAAUUAAUGAGUGAGUGAGUCCUUCAUUCAGACUGUCCCCAAAUUAGGUCCCAAAUCUGUCCAUGAGUGCCUGCCCACCCACGGUGCUUCCCAUGAAGCUGUGUCUCCUCUCUGAGCCUAAAGUCUGGACUGUAUGAUGCAAGGUCUCCCCUUAGAAAUGACCAGGUCAGAAUCCCAAGCUCUGAUGCUCCUCCAAAGCACUGGGCAUCUGCCAGCCCUGGCUGGUCACUUUGCACUGUGAUCCCAUUAGUCCCCCCAACAAGGAGAGCAGUGCACCCAUUUUACAGAGCACCCCAGCAGGUGACAGCGAGGUCCAGGCUCUGGGACACAGAUGCCCCGCACA